UUCAUCAUGACAACAAUGGAAAUUUCCUUUUCAAAAUUUUCGAAAAGAGCUAUCGUUUACUAAUUCAUGGUAUUCGGAAAUAGUCCCCCCCCCUCUCUUGCAUUCUGACUGUCACCUUGCAGCUUAGUAACAUAAUUCUUUUGUAUAAAGAAACUUGCUAAAAUAGUAGAUUUCCAAAGAUCAGCAAAGGUUGUCAGUUUCUGAAUUAACAAAAAAUAUUGAAUUAUUUUUUAGCAUUUGAAUAUGGAAGCCGUUAUUUUGUCAUCUUGGGAUCAUAUUAUGGGACCUCAAAUUCAAAAACUGUGGUUUGUUAAUGAUUGUAAAAAUAAUUUGUUGUCUGAAAUACCUUGCAAUACAUUGCAUGAAUUCAACAUUUCCAAGCACAACAAGGAUAUUCUUCAUACUGAAUCUAAAUACUCGCCUGAUAUGGAAAUAUACUCCAUUAUGUGCGGACAGUUACUCCUUAGUGAAGUGGAUUCUUGCAAACCUUAUGAUGAAUGGGCUUCAAGAUUAUAUAUAUCAGAGUAUAAAGUGAUUGUAACUGUUGUAUUUCAUGUGAAUACAUGGAUGAAUUGUGUUAAUGAUAUCAAGGGUACUAAAGAUACUUGUUUGUGCUUUGGAACAAUAUUCAAAUGUAAAGAUCUUGAUUUUGUUUUAAAAAAUCAUAUGUUUAUUGAUCAUCAACUUAGAAAAGCAGUUGAUGUAAUGCAGAAUUCUUUGAUUAAUUUCGAUUCUAUGAUGAAGACAGUUGAGGAGAUCAUAAGAAAUAUCAUUUUAGAGCUAAGUGCCUUACCUGAAGAGAAUUUAGUGAGCUUACAGAAUCUGAAAUAUCCAUCAUUUCAGAGUUUUGUAAACUCGAGCAUUAUAUCUAAGGCACUUACAUCUUAUUUGCAAACAUCUGAAUGCUGUGUUGUCUUGGGUAGUUCAGAAGUUUCUGUUAAUCAGGUUUUGAAAGCUUUAUCAUUAUUUAGCUCUCCGAAAAAGCCAUUUUCUUCAAAAGGCACAUCCCAAAUAUCACCAAAACCUUAUUUUAAGGGAAUAUUUAUUCAGGAAUCUAAUAAAGACACAAACAAGGAAAGUGAAUUUUUGUUAGAAAAGGCAUUUAAAGAAUCACUUUCCCUAACAGUUGUUGACACUGAUCUGAACAAAGUUUGGCAGACAAUAGCUAUUCAAGAUCCUAAUAAUAUGAGCAGAUAUUCACCUUCAAUUGUAAGUGAAACUGGGCAGCUAAUCACUCAAUUCCUAAAUGAUUUGGCAUUUAUUCAGCAAAAUGGAGGGGAUGCUGAAAUUUUUAUAGAAAAUUUUAACACAUUUUUGUUGUCCAAAUCUGCAUCUUUUAUAAAAGUUAUGGAUGGCUACAGGCAAUGUAAAGGAACUUUAGCUGAAAGUGAAAUUAUGACAUUAUUUGGUGUGAAUAAUUCUGCAGACCUUCAAAUAUUUCUUGGAAUCGCCGAGAGACUAAAACCAGGAUUUAGGACUACUUAUACUUGUUCAUUUUAAAUAUUUACUUGUACCAUUUAAUCACUUUAAGUUUUAUUUUAAGCUUUCAAAAUUCAGCUUUUAUUUUUUAUUUUUUUUUUUUAUUUUUUUUUCUUUUACUAUAUGAGACAAGAGUAUUUUUAAUGUAACUCUAAAAUCUCUGUAUGCAGUAUCAUUUUGAUAUCAUUAGAAAUUACACCAUUUAUAAAUUAUAGUCUUUUUAAAUGAUAAAUUAUUAUAUUUUAUUAUUAUUAUUAUGAGAUUUAAUUUUUAUCACUGUACCUUAAAUUACUACUUAUACUGAAAUUAGAGGAAACAAAUUAUCUUACUCUUAAUUUAAUUUGGCAUCAGUUCGUUAUCUUAAUUUCCUUAGAACUGUAAUAUAGAAGAUACUUCUGCAGUCGUUUGCAUUCCAAAGGAUUGAAUAACACUUAAAAUCACUCAUUGUGCAAUUAUUUGGUAGUGAAAUCAAUAUGAUUAACUGUUCUUAUUUUUCUGAUGAUUAAGGUUUUAUUGUCAGAAAUGUUUGCUAUGUUUUUUUACUGCAAUUAUACUUAAAAACAUAGCUCUUUUUGUUUGUUUGUUUUUGCUUUUGUAGUACUUAACUCAGUAGGAAAUAUAAAAAGGAAUGUCGGGUAGGAAAGACUUUAUUAUUAGUACUUACUUUAUUAUUUAUCAAGUUUACUCUGAAUAUUGUAUGUUGACAAAUAUAGCAAUUAAGGUAUAAUUUUGUAACAAGAUCAUACCAACUGAAAAAAAAAAGACUUAUACCACAUUCCAUUUGAAAAUAGAUGAAAUUUCAUAUAUGUAUUUUUUAUAGUUGUGUAUUGAAAUUUUGUUAUGUGAUAAUCGUUAAUCAUAUUCCAAUAAAGUAUUUUAUUUUUCGUU